AUGGCCCCGAAGCGACGCGGACGCAAGGUGGUGAGCUCCGUGGUGAAGACGAAGGUGGUGAAGGAGACUGUCGAGGUCGCCACUACCAUCCUUCCUGACUCCGACUCCCUACCGGCCGACACCCAGCCGGAGCCGGAGGUCGUCGACGUCCACGGCUCCACCACCGUCCACGUGGUGGAGGUCACCACCCCCGACGGAGAGGCCCCUGCGGCCAAGAAGUCCAAGAAGGGCGGGCAGGGGCAAGACGCCAGCCCCAAGUCGCCGGAGCCGCCGGUGGUGGAGCCGGUGUCCGUGCAGAGCCAGGAGACGCAGGAGGACCCCUACGCCUACAAGGACCAGCCCGAGCAGAGGACAACCGAGAAGCCACAGAUUGAGAAGAAGCCCGCGGCCGAGGGUCCAGAGACGCCUAGGCAGAAGAAGCCCAAGCCGGGCAGAAAAUCGACGGCGCUGAAGGAGGACGGAUCCAAGGACGGCCGCGGGCGUCGUCGGCGCGGGAGCCGGCCAGAGAUGGGGUACAAGAGGUUCGUGUACAGGGUGCUGAAGCAGGUGCACCCGGACCUGGGCGCGUCCGGGAAGACCAUGGAGAUUCUGGACAUGAUGAUGGCCGACAUGUUCGAGCGCCUCGCCGAGGAGGCGGCGCGGCUGGUCAAGCACGCGGGCCGCGCCACGCUCACCUCCCGCGAGGUGCAGAACGCAGUGAGGCUCGUUCUGCCAGGGGAGCUAGCCGGGCACGCCAUCUCCGAGGGGACCAAGGCCGUCACCAAAUACAUGUCACGCGACUGA